CCUUGAAGACCAAAGGGAAAUUUGGACUGAGCAAAGCAAGCAUCUCAAUAGCUUUUGAGGGUUGAGGGUUCCACUGACACUUAGGAUAGCCAGUAAUCCAAAGGCUCAUUACUGCACAUAAAUCCCUCAGCCUUCUGGGUUUCCUCCUCUGGAGCCACUGUGAAAAUGGACACAUCAAUACAGCCUUCUGCAGAAAAGCUGACAAUCUCAAAAUGGGUUCAUGCUGCAAUAACUGAAAUCUCCUGCCAGGAAAGGGGCACAAUGCUCGCCCCCAGCUCCACUUUGAUGCCAGAGCAGGGCUGGCAAACCACAGGAGCAAAGGGAAGUCUCCAGAACCUGAAGAGGUUUAAUAGCCAGGACUUCAACAACCUACGAACCUUGUGUCUGAGCCGGGGGCUGCUCUUUGAGGAUGACACCUUCCCCGCUCACAUCAGCUCCAUCGGUCCCAACCUGCUCCCAGAGGAUAAGUUGAGGCGAAUACAGUGGAGGAGGCCAACUGAGCUUCAGAGAAAUCCUCAUUUGAUCAUGGAUGGAGUUAGCAGAUUUGAUAUCAUGCAAGGAGAAAUAGGUGACUGCUGGAUGCUGGCUGCCCUGGGCUCCCUGACACUGCGCAAACAAUUUUUGGAAAAUGUUUUACCAAAGGACCAAGGAUUCCAGGAUGAUUAUGCUGGGAUUUUUCAUUUCCGGUUCUGGCAAUAUGGAGACUGGGUGGAUGUAGUGAUAGAUGACCGACUGCCAAUCCUAAAUGGAAGAUACCUGUCUGUUCACCCUCGAACUUCAAAUGAAUUCUGGCCAUCCUUGCUGGAAAAAGCAUAUGCCAAGCUGCGGGGCUCCUACCAAAACUUGAAUGGAGGAUACCUUUCUGAUGCUUUAGUAGACCUCACAGGUGGAGUUCAAGUGCAGUUUUCAUUGAAGGAUCCACCUCCUGAUCUGGAGGAGAUACUGAAAGCAGCUGACAAAUCUCGGUGUCUCAUGGGGUGUAGCACCCCAGGCCAUCCAAAGAGGAACAUAGAGCUGAGGAAUGGGAUUGUACAGGGUCAUGCCUACACUAUCACAGGAGCUGUGAAGAUCCGCUACAAGAACGUCUGGAAACAUAUCAUCAGGAUCUGGAAUCCAUGGGGCCAUGGGGAAUGGAAGGGGCCCUGGAGUGAUGACUCUCCUCAGUGGGACCAUGUUGAGCCUAAAUACCGAGAAGCCCUCCUCAGAAAUAAGGAUGAUGGAGAAUUCUGGAUGUCCUGUGAAAACUUCCAAGAGCAGUUUUCAUGGCUAUAUAUAUGUAACAAUACCCCAACAUUUCUGGACUUCGGAGAUCAGCACUGCACAACAUGGUCUCUGGAAAAGCAUGUCAACCUGUGGAGUCCAGACCCUGCCACAAGAAGGAACUACUAUUCCUCAGGUGCAGUUUCAACAAACCCUCGAUAUUUUUUCAAAGUGCCAGAUUAUGACCCCCAAACCUAUAAUGUAGUAAUUUCACUCAUGCAAAAACACCCUGAGCAUACACAGGAUGCAAAAAACCUGAAGAUUGGCUUUUUCAUCACCAUGGAGAACUCCAAAGUUCUGAAACAAGUUUUUUCUCCGAUUCGAGAUGUGACCAACUACUUUAUCUUGAGCCCAGGAACCUAUGCCGUUGUUCCUGCUACAACAGAGGACCAAGAAUUUGAAUUUCUCUUGCGAAUUUUCAUAAAGAAUCGAGACUACAAAGAGAACUCAAGCUCCCCGACCAGCCCAGUGCUGCCUAUGGAUGCACUGACACUGAACCAGGACAGCUCGUAUAAGGCUCUUUUCCUAAGAUAUGCUAUGCAGGGCUCAACUAUUGACGCCUCACAGCUGCAACAACUGCUUAAUGAAGUGAUCCUGCAAGAUGAAAUGACCAGCCUGGGAGGAAGAUUCAGCUUCGAUUCGUGCAGAGGCAUUUUAGCUCUGAUGGAUCUCAACUCGAACGGACAUCUCACACUGCAGGAGUUCGGGAGCCUCUGGCGAAGUCUCACUAAGUACAUGGAUAUCUUCAGGAAGGAAGACAGAAACCAUUCUGGAUUCCUUGAUGUUGCUGAACUGAAGAGUGCGAUACAGACAGCAGGCCUGGCCACUAACAACCAGCUCCUGCGUCUGCUGGUCUUGCGGUAUGGCGAUGCUGCGGGGAGAAUGGGCUUCUCUGACUUUGUGUGCUGCAUGCUGCGCCUCGAAACCAUGACCUAUGCAUUUCAAAACUUAGCAGAGGGCGGAUCACAAAUUUCGAUGACAGCAAUUGAGUGGCUGACUCUUGUCAUGUACACCUAAAGGAAUGUCAGAGUUCACGGUGGCUUCUCUGCUCCCUCACUGAACAGUGCCCAAGGCCAUCCCAUACAAAAGCCAUCCAUGGGGUUCUUGAAAAACCGCUGUGAAGGAGUGAAGCCGUGGACAUAUUUGGUUACACUGGAUAGUACUCAGAUGCUGGGAUAAAGAGUCUUUUUCAGGCAAACUGGAGUUGCAUUGCAGAGAGAAGAGGAGCUAAUCAGAGUGAUCUCUGGGCAUGCUGGUAGUGCUUGGUCGUCUGGGCAAGCAAUCUCCUCUCAUCUUCCUGUAAAUAGUACAGCUGGUUCUCCUGAUCAGGAGAACCUGCACAGAAGUCAGGAACAGCUCCACUAACUCAACUGCAAAUAAGAAUACAACCACGCCCUCUGCGUGGAAGGGCUGCGUAUUGUGUAGGUUACAAAAACAAUUCAGAUAAAGUUUUAUUUGAAUUAUUUCUUAAUUUUCUAGUGAGCCAUUUCUAAAUGCCAGAAAAAGAUUGAAGAAAUUAGUCAUAAUUCAUA